AUGGGUAAUCUCUCUCCUCGUCAUUCGAAAUCCUAUCAUGAAGGAUUUUCGAAUCAUUUGACUCUAACGCCGAAUCGGUCGUCAUGGAAAAAGCAAUUGCAAAUUAUCAAUGAUACAUUUAAUAUUAAGAAAAUCUCUUUACGUCGUACACAUGGCAAAGGCAAACGGUCGAGCGCAACGACUGCAGACAACACCCAUUUUCGUCAACAUUCCUAUUCCACACAAAAUUUUCACGAUCUCACCAAGAAAAAUCCGGCAAAAUCAGCAAGUCGAAAGCAAUCGAAAACUGACCAACAACAAAACAAUGUCAAGAAAUCGUUUAGUCUUUUCUCCAUCAAACAACCAUUGAAUGAUUUGACUAAUAAAGAACCAGUUAUCAAAUCAGUAACAACGAACAAAACAGAAGAAGUUCCCAUGAACAGUACAACGAAUACUCAAAUACAGCCAAGACAAAAGUCGCGAGUUGACUUAACAACAGUUCAUAAGCGUCACACAACUUUCAUUCCACCAGCAUAUUAUUUGCCCAAAUCACAAUCUCAAUACUAUCAACGUUAUCACAUCCAACUAUCUUCGAACGGUGUCAUAUCGAAUAACACUAAUCCCACAGCAACAACAUCUAGUGCAAAACAUGUUCGUUCAACAGAAAUAACAACAACAAGAAAAACAAUCAUUCAAGCAUCAACAAGUGAAUUACUGCGCUGUUUGAGUGAAUAUUUAUGCUCAUCAUGUUCACAUCUAUCACCAAAACUCGAUCCAAUGGAUUGCAUAGCGUGGAUAAAAAGUGCUGAUCGUCGUUUAAUACUGCAGGGCUGGCAAGAACAAGUAUUUGUCAAUCCAGCUAAUAUUGUCUUUGUAUAUUUAAUUGUACGUGAUACAUUAACAUAUGUUGUGCCAUCAACUACAAUCAAAAGUGUUUCAGAAUUGCAUUCAAUUGUUCUAACGUGUCUUUAUUUGGCAUUUAGUUACAUGGGACAUGAAAUAACUUAUCCAUUGAAACCAUUUGUUACGGAAAAUGAAACACGGACUGUUUUUUGGCAACGUGUGGUUUUAAUUAUGGGACAAUUAAGUUCAAAAAUGUUGACGAUCAAUCAAAAUCCGAAAUUUUUCACGGAAUGCUUUUCCGAUUUGAAAAAGUUCAAUCUAGUCCAAUAA